UUACAUACACUCUGGUUUUGUUGAUAUUUGGGACGUUUGCGAAAGAAAGUGUUCCAGGGAUGAACAGUUUUUGAUUAUUUUCUGUAUUUUUGUGUGAAAAUAUGCUUUGAUGACUUGUACUACCAUCGUCGUAGCUGUUUGUUUAUGGCAAGAUGGAGUCGGAUUCAGAGCUUUGUCGUCUGUGCCUAGUUCCGGUUGAUCCGGCUGCGGUAGUGAUUCUUAAUCAGGCGGAAAAAAUGAUUGAAGCUAUUCAACAAAUAACUAGUAUUCAAGUGAUUAUUGACCCUGCGUGUGAUGUAUUCAUGUGUGAUCAAUGUCAAGCCUCUCUUGAUAUGUCCCGGCAAUUUCGAUCUAUUUGCAUCCAAAAUGACGAGAUUUUUAGAAAAAUGCAUGUGAAACAUGCAAUUUCGAUGGCUGUCGUUAAGGAUGAACCCGACCACUUUGAAUCGGAAUUUGUACAAUGCAAACUUGAAGAAGAACCUGAACACGACGAAAUAAUCAAGAAAGAAUCUGAUCAAAAUGUACAAGAUGACUUAUCGUCUUCCAAACGAAAGAAACCCAAAAAGCCGCGUAAAAAGCAUAGUUCAAAAGACCUGAUCAGUGGCCCUUCUUCCAAAGUGCAGUGUCAUACCUGUGGAGCGUUUAUCAGUAGACACCAUUUGUCGAAACAUCAUCUGACCCAUGAAAAGGACCGACCCAUGUUCGCGUGCGAGAAGUGUCCUAAAAAGUACACCGAGCGGCGCAAGCUGAAGGAACACAUAACGAUCGUUCACGAGGGAAACAUUGCUCACACAUGCGACCGGUGCGGGAGGACAUUCCACCGAUCGGAAACUCUGCGGCAACACUAUCUAGGUGAACAUACGAAUUUGAAAAAAUAUGAGUGCAAAAUUUGCGGAGAGAAAUUUGCUCGGGCGGCCAAUCGCGAUUAUCAUUACAAAAUGAAUCACACGAGUCUGAAACCACAUGCCUGUGAAUACUGUGAUAAAUCGUUUAAAAGAAGUCAUGAUUUGACGCUUCACGUUCGGACCCAUACCGGUGAGAAACCGUUCAAGUGUGAUCUGUGUGAUAAAAGGUUUGCAAAAAGCUAUAACGUUGUGAUUCACAAAAAGUCACACAAAAAUGCUGAAUUGAGAAAGAAAGCUCAGAUGGUGGCGGAAAGUGCGGGACAAGGUUUAACUUUCGGCAUGGCUCUUAUGGAGUGAAUUUAAAAUGUACUAUUGUUAAAUAUAUGUUAUGUUUUAAAA